AUAUGCUUGAAAAGAUGUCGUAAAAGACAAGUCUGUUGUAAACUUAUAUCUAAAGAUCAAACACCAAAUAUGACCAAAAAAAAUUAUUGCUAGAGGUGUUUAAGUUUGUUCAGAUUAAGCUUGAAUACCGGGAAGAAUUGAUAAUACAAGGUAUGUGUCAAAAAUGUAGAUCAUCUCAACUUUGAAUAUUUGGCUGUAAUCAAAAAGUGAACUAAGGUAGCAAUAGAGGCAAUCGUCUGUGGCCGUCUACCCCGUACGUAGACAGUGUCCAAGAUUUCAGGCAUCAGGAUACACUGGAGUAGUGCAGAGCUGAUUACGACCAGGGUCCUCACGGAUACCCUGUCUUGGAGGUCGAGCCAAUGCCCUGUGUUCGGUAAUUGUGUCUACUGGUAUAACUUUCAUACUUUCGCUACUAACAGUCACUGUAACCCUAUCACUCGGAAGGCCCCACAGUUCCUACAUGGACGCACGGCCGGGAGCCCAUGUAGGGACAAAAUGUCUAACACAACCUUAGUUCACUUUUAUCAGGUAAUAUUCGACUUGGUGAUCUUUUUGCACGAUAUGCUGACCUACAUAGGGCAGAUUACUGACUGUGUGUAUAAUCCCAGCCUACUGUAUUACAAGUUAAUAUAUUAUGAUAAAUGAUGUAUAAGUAUAAUUAUCUCAAUAAUAUUCAGCAGAGUAUACCAGAAUUGUAAUGCUACUAUUGAAUGGCUUGGAUAAGAUUAGGGUAAUGAAGUAUCUUAAUUAGUGUGUAUAAAGAUUUCAUGUCCAACUGUAUACUACUGCUUUUGUUAUAAACUUCUUCUCUGGGAAUGACGAUAAUAUAGGCCUACUGCUCAUUCUGCGAAUCUAAAGGUAUUUCAAUAACUACCACAAACCAGUGUGUCCCUUGCUGGUCCGAUGCAUUAACUGUAAAAAAUGUUGGUGGAAUUGCCUUGUCUUGUACGACAAUUUGAUUGAGUUUAUGUGUGAAGCUAGUCUUACUCAACGGUUGCUCUAUAUUGAGUUCAUUGAAAUUUAAGGUUGCUAUAGACUUGUUAUAAUAGAGCAUGGAGUAAAAAGUAAUCAAAGUAAGGCAUUGUGAAGCAUACAAAAAAUGAGGCUUGGAACCAGGCAACCCCAGAUGGAUAUUUGCCACCGCUACCAUGUCUAGUUCAGCACUGUUUCUGCCAUUGUAAUUGCAAUCGAAUACAUCAAUAUCGAAACAGUUGACGUUUGAAAUAGUAGCCGCAUUCAAUUUAGCAAUAACCCGCGCCGCUAUGUAGCCACAGCUGACACCUUCCUGGAAGCGAUUUAUUGUCCUCCGGACAUUAAAACCCAGUGUGACCAACUGUGUGGCAAAACGGCUGGAUUGCGGGUCAUCGUUGAAGUCUAUGACGUAGGCCUUACCCUUUGACAAUAGGCUGUUAAAUUGCGAAUUUGGUGUAGCCAUUGCAGGUGAAGAUAACCGAGGACACUUGCGGUUACCGUUAAUGAUGGGAGAUGCUGGUGAAGGCCGUUUACUGUUUGGUAGUGUAGGGCUUUCAACUCGUUGUUUUUUGGAAAGAGGCCUACUUGAAGGGCUUGGUGGGGUUCGUAAUUUCUGUGAAGAUAAUCGAGUGCUUGCAAGGGAGCUUUCACUCUGUGGACUUUCACUCGGUUGAAUAAUAGGAGAUUUAAUGAUGUCACUUGUUGCAUCAUUUAACUGGAAAGGAGGCAAGGAUCGAAGACGUUUAUAUUCUCUUACUAUUUGAGGGUCUGUUCUUAUGCACCUUUUAUCGAAGGAGAUGAGAAACAAACCUGCCAUCGAAGUGAGCCGUGAUAUAGCUGUGUAGGCCAUGCCCGCCUUCCAGUUUAUGCCAGAGAGGUCUAUGUAUGCAUUUUGCAAGGUGACUCCUUGACAUUUAUGGAUAGUUGAGGCCCAGCACAAUGUUAGUGGUAGCUGGUACCUUUUUAGCCAUACAUUUGUUUUCUUAACCUUUUUGCACUUGAACUGUUUUUCUACAGGACUGAUCGGCACUGUACCUGCUAGUGUACAAUUUUGAUGGCAAAAUUUGUUGCACAAAUGCAUUAUUUUUCUACCAACUUUUUCCAUAUCAAAUUUAACAUAUACCUUGUCUAUAACUUUCACAGACACAUUGUUGCUGUUAGACGUGUCUGGGGUAUUUUUGAAUUUAAUGUGCUUCACAGUUCCGCAAACACCGUUACAUAAUUUAUCAUUCACGUUGAUAUUUGCACGGACCAUUACACGUGCCCCAAGCCCUAAAAUAAUUGAGGUUGGCAGUCCAGCGGUCUUGUUUAUGUCGUCAGUAACAUAGUCUUUGAUGUUUUUUUUGUCACGUUUGUCAGUCUGAUUGCUAUUGUUAAACUGCUCAUUAGAGAACUUAUCAUGGGCCAUAAUGUUAUGAACUUUGGUGGUAGCUGUAAGGUGGUCAACACACUUUUUGUUAUGCUCAGAACAUUUUGCAUUUGUAGAGAAUAGAAGCAUACUGUCCAUGAGUUGACUUACGUUUGGUAAUUGUGGUAUCACUCUUGACUGUAGUAAACUAACAUCUUUCUCGGUAUGCUGCCCAGUCCUUAGCCGAUGACAAAGUUCAGUAAAGGGCGCGUCCCCUUUGCUCCUAACUACGUCAGUCAGCUCAGAAAAGGUACAGAAAUCUUUCCAAAAAUUGACACCAAGUGCUGCAAGGCCCCUCGGAUCGAAUAUUUUAGUUUGUUGCACGGGUGGAAUUUGGAAGAGAUCUCCUACAAAAAUGAUGUUUAUUCCGCCAAAAUAGUCUUUGGUGCCGGACAUCCCGAAUAAUUGAUUUAAUCUGCUGUGAAUUUGAUUUAAAUUUGUAUUGCCUAUCAUAGAUACUUCGUCAAUGAUGAGGUACCUAACAUGCUUAAAGAUGGAGUUGAACAUUUUGUCUCUUUUUGCAGAAUUUAAAGACUUUUGAUUAAAAAAACCACCCUCUUGGCAAUCAAGUUGAAGUAACUUGUGAACGGUUUGUCCAUCUAUGAGGGCGGCAGCAACACCAGUGCUGGCGGAAACCAAAACAGCAGAGUUGUGGGAGCCUCUUUUGAACGUGCGGUUUAUACAGUGCCUUAUAGCUGUAAUGAGGAAUGAUUUACCAACACCACCAGCUCCACUUAUGAAGUGUAUAAGUUGGUUUACUUUCUUACCAUCGUUCGCGUUCUGAGCAUGAGUCUGAAUCAUAGAAAAUAUGUCACGUUGCUUUUCAUUGAGAGAGCUGACCAUACUGUUGUAUUCUUGUUCGGUAAUUGGUGGCUCCUCGUAAGUGAACUUGAAGUUUUCAGUAUCCUCUUCACGUUUCAAAUUGUUUGGUGGAUGGCUUGCGAGACCACGCGGAUCAAGUUUGUCAUCGUGAACAUUAAUGGGCACGUGCGAAUUUAAAAUAUCUUCGGUAAUUUCACUUAUCAUAGAAUCAAGGGUUGCCUCAUCAAUGUGUUCAAAUUUUUGCAUGUUUAAUUUUAUGACGUCGUAUUUUGCAACAAAUGACUCCUCAACUGUAGUAUAAUUCCCCAAUAUUUGUGCCUCAUCAGUCCAAGGAAAGUAUAAACAAAUCUUGCUAUAGUAGUAUUUCUCCGGAUCUGUUUUUCUAGAUGGUGUGUGACUACGAACAAUUUGAGGACCAGUCCUUUUAAUCAUUGUUCCCAAUGUUGCGUCCUUCAACUGAAUAGUUCGGUCAACAUUAGAUUUCGUAAUAUUACAACAUUUUUCAUAAUUUACAGCGAAUUCUUUGUAGCACAUUUCCUUCAAAGAAUCAGGCCUCUGUGGAUAACGAUCAAUGUACCCUUUCAUAAAUAUGUCAUCAGAGUCUUCAGGCAUAUUUUCCAUGUCACGACGGAACUUUAACAUACCAUGGCGUUGAUCAGGCAUGUCUGAUGGCACAAAAAUCACCUUAGGAUACGAGAAUUUCAUGGGUAGGUCAGUUGUUCGGAAUACAGACUCUUGUAUGGAAACAGACCUUGCGUCAAUGAAAACAUUUCCUAGUGAUUUUAAUUUGUCUCGAGCAUUCUUGUUUUCAUCAUGCAUAAUAUUAUUUUUGACGUCUUUCAUGGCAUCGCAAACGUCCUUCUCAGUUUUUGUCGCAUAAUUAACUAAAUAAUUGACCAUGUCCCACAUCCCCACAAUAUACUGAACAUCAAUGUUAGAUUCCAAGCAACGAAGCAACGUUUCAUUGUACGGAUUUAUAAGCUCCGCACCGAUUUGCCUAAUAUAGAUGACACGACUUUUUCGGCCUUUGUUCCUGUCUGCUGAUAUAUUGUGUAGGUCAGCAUUGGUCAUCUCUUUUCCGUCAGCAUCUACAAUGAUAGUUCUUCUGGAAAUUGGCCUCGGAAAGAAGAAUCUGCAAGCAUCUUCAGCAACACCUUUUCUGCAAGUUUUUGUAUGAGAAUGUGUUUGGAGUUUUACCAAAGCACUAAGCACAGGAUCCUCCUCUGGGGUAGGUUUUUUAGUAGUGAUGUAUUUGUCUAUAUACUUUAUUAUAGUUUCAAUAGAAUCCACCCCAACUAUAGGUGCUCCAAUACACUUUAACAUCAUGUGAAAAUGUGGAGAGCCCCUGUCACCAAAUUCAUCACGGCCUGUAUAAGCCUCGGUUGCGCCAAGAAUUUGUUUUUUCUCGAGAAGGAACGAUAUUAUUUUACGAAUAUAUCUAUCAAACAUGCGAACUGCUAUAACCGGAUCAGUACGCAAGAGCUCAUGUUUGCGAUGCCACGAAAUGUCCGUUAGUAAUUGAUCGGAAGGUUCUAUCCCCAUCAAAGUCAAUAUGGCUGGAAUCGAAUAAACCAAGUCAUUGAAACUAAAAGUUAAGAACCACGUGAAGGUACCCAAUUGACUAACCAUGCCCAACGCAUCGCUUUUUACCCUCUGCCAGAAUGCAGGUGUGCCCUUAACGUCUUUCAUGUAACGAAAUGCAUCAAUAUUAUUCAAUAAUUGUUCUGUGCUUAUGAGUUUAUUAGUAAAAAGACCGGCUGUCAACCUAAUACCAUCUGUGCUGAUUUUGCGUGACUUUUGAAGGUGUAUUGAUGCAGCAUUGUAGAUUGAUUCACGUUCGACACAUGCUUGCGUGAAAAAUAUGUACUCAGGAUCCAUGGCAAAUUUUCUAUCUGCAGAGUAAAGGUGAUGUUUAGCAUAUUGUUUUCUACUUAACUUUGGGAUAAGUUUGCUGGCAAUCAAGGCUUGCCUAUCUGAGUCAUGAAAAUGGCCUUUCCCCAGGGGAAACAGGUUCGGAAAUGAUAAAGGCUCUGCUAAUGAGUCAGAUAAGGCAGGUAUCGGUGUCUUCCCUUGUCCUGGUGCAAAGUCCAUAACUGGAACUUCGUGGAUAAAAUUUUGCAGAGGAUCCUUAUAUUGAAUACAAUGCUCAUAGGGCAGUUGGUCGUAUGUACCCUCAUUACAUAUGUUUGCUACAAUUUCGUCAACCAGCGAUGAAGCGAUAACAUGAGCAUUGUCUGCAAAAUGUACGUUAAAGAAGUCUUGGUGGUCAUUGUAUUUGCCUUUAAUCCAAUCGUCAUUCAGUACAGUGAAAGUAUACAGUGGGUUAUGCUUUUUUAACCAUAUUAAGACAUUAAUGCAUUUCUUAGGGUCCACAUCAUCAACUAAAACAACAGUUUUGUGGCUUACAUCACGCUUAAUUUUAACCUUAAGAACUCCAAGAUCGGGAAUAUUCCGAGGGAGUUUUAGACAACUUUCCUGGGCAUCAAUCGGGACAUUAACAACCGCGCCCCUAAUACCACGUUGGCCACCAGCAGGUAAAGACCGUAUCUUCAUAAACUGGAUACGCAUUGCUACAAGGCGGGUCUCUGUUGGAUUCAUGACAAGAUUGUCUGGUAAUGAACCAGUUUCGAGUUUCAUGGGUAUAGUAGCCAGUGGACAAAUUUUGUUAGACUUGCGAUAACUGUUACACCGUUUGCAAAUCCAAGUUUGCUGUUUCCCAGAUUUGGCAGAUGUUCUGUCAAAUUUGACAACAUUUUGACGAAAAUUUAAAGUAUUGCAAUUAGCACAUUCAUAUUCAGGAUAUUCUUUCAUAAUACUACGGAAGGCUGAAAUAACUUCAAAAUCGGGUUUGUCAUGACCAUCUGGGGCUUCGUUAGUAGAUUCUGCAGACUGUGUAAGUCUGGGAGAGGGCAGUGAUGUUGUAGGAGUUGUGGCUCUGUCAGAAUUUGGUAAUGGGGAAGUAAACAAUUUGUACGGUCGCGGUGGUGACUGAGAAUGUUUUUGUCUGUCAUAAUUGCUUGUUUUAGUUGAGUCAUGGGGUGAGGUGUAAGUCUGAGUAGAUGAGAGGGGUGAAAAUAUUGUCUGUGUGAUGGUUUCAACUGAUAUGUUAUGCAACCCCUCCGUUUUAGUUAGCUUCCGUCGAAUACGAGCUUGCUUUAGUCUAUCCCUCUCUUUCUGUUUGUCUUCCUCUGUCAUAUUCAGUCUGUACUGUUUAGCCUUGUCCCUUUUCUUUUGUUUUUCCUCCUCUGUCAGCGUCUUGUUCAGUCUAUCCUGUUUGUUCUUGUCUCUUUUCUUUUGUUUUUCCUCCUCUGUCAGCGUCUUGUUCAGUCUAUCCUGUUUGGCCUUGUCUCUUUUCUUUUGUUUAUCUUCCUCUGUCAGCGUCUUGUUCAGUCUAUCCUGUUUGGCCUUGUCUCUUUUCUUUUGUUUUUCCUCCUCUGUCAGCGUCUUGUUCAGUCUGUCCUGUUUGUCCUUGUCUCUUUUCUUUUGUUUUUCUUCCUCUGUUAGCGUCUUGUUCAGUCUAUCCUGUUUGGCCUUGUCUCUUUUCUUUUGUUUUUCUUCCUCUGUCAGCGUCUUGUUCAGUCUAUCCUGUUUGGCCUUGUCUCUUUUCUUUUGUUUUUCUUCCUCUGUCAGCGUCUUGUUCAGUCUAUCCUGUUUGGCCUUGUCUCUUUUCUUUUGUUUUUCUUCCUCUGUCAGCGUCUUGUUCAGUCUAUCCUGUUUGGCCUUGUCUCUUUUCUUUUGUUUUUCUUCCUCUGUCAGCGUCUUAUUCAGUCUUCUCUGUUUCUGUCUAUCUCUCUCCUUCUGUUUGUUCUCCUCUGUAAGAUUGAGCCUUCUAUGUUUUGACUCGUCUGUCUGAGUGUCAUUGUACGGGUCAAAAAAGGGAACAUGCUCUUGUGAGAUAGGGGUGUCGUCGAUAAAGUCGUCGAAGAUGCAGUCAGAUGUAUCACUGUCAAUGCCUAGGGUAUCGUCAGAGGAGUGGGCAGCUUCAUUAUCAAUAAAUUCAUUUUUAGUCCCACCACCCAAUUGCUCAUAUGAAUUACAACAACUAUGUAAUUCAGUGGCAGGAGGUAAAGGUAGUGAUUGAACCGAACCGUGUUCCUUCAAGAAAAGAUAAUCACUGCUUAAAGUGUUCGAGAAGGCCAGCUGUGUCGGCUGCUGGUAUGUUGAUAAUGCUAGAGAUAGCAUAAUAUUUCUGUUAUAUGAUAAGUAUGGGGACUUGUAGGGAUGUUGAACCAAAUAUAAAUUCGUAUUAUUUUGAAAUUGCAUCGACAACGGUAUUAAUGAAAAAGUGUUAGGUAAUGUGGACUGAAUUUGCAUACGUGAAGAAGAAUGAGGUGAUGACGAUGGAAGUGUGUCUGAGGGGAUAGGCGACUUUAAAGAGAUAGGUGACAAUUGAACUGUCUGAUUUAUCUGCGGAGAGAGAAGGGGAGAAGCUGUUGAAGUGAGAGAGUGGGCCAGCUGUGCAGGCUGUUGGUGGGCUGACAAAAAUAACAUUAUGUUAUGGCAAGGUUGCGGACUGUGUACAACUGCUGGUGGUGUAAAUUCACCGGAUGAUGAAAGAAGUAGCUUGAUAUACGCUGGUUGCAAAGAUUCUUGUGAUGGUGGAUCUGGUCGGGCAGUUGGAGCAGGAAAUGAUGAAGGGGUAGCAAGAACAGGGUUAGGUAUAGGAGUAAAUGUAGCUGCUUCAAGAAGUGAUGGAGCAGAAUCAGGUCGGAGGGCAAGUGGAGCACAAGGAGGGUCUGCAGGAGAAGGAGCUGAUGCAGUGGUAGGUGAAGCAGAUGUAGCAGGAGCCAGAGCAGAUGGAGGAGCAUUGGUAGCAUCUGGUUGGGCAGUUGGAUCAGGAAGUGAUGAAGGGGUAGCAGGAACAGGAUUAGGGAUAGGAGUAGUUGGAGCUGGUUCAAGAAGUGAUGGAGCAGAAUCAGGUCGGAGGGCAAGUGGAGCACAAGGAGGGUCUGCAGGAGAAGGAGCUGAUGCAGUGGUAGGUGAAGCAGAUGUAGCAGGAGCCAGAGCAGAUGGAGGAGCAUUGGUAGCAUCUGGUUGGGCAGUUGGAUCAGGAAGUGAUGAAGGGGUAGCAGGAACAGGGUUAGGUAUAGGAGUAAAUGUAGCUGCUUCAAGAAGUGAUGGAGCAGAAUCAGGUCGGAGGGCAAGUGGAGCACAAGGAGGGUCUGCAGGAGAAGGAGCUGAUGCAGUGAUAGGUGAAGCAGAUGUAGCAGGAGCCAGAGCAGAUGGAGGAGCAUUGGUAGCAUCUGGUUGGGCAGUUGGAGCAGGAAGAGGGUCUGCAGGAGAAGGAGCUGAUGCAGUGGUAGGUGAAGCAGAUGUAGCAGGAGCCAGAAUAGGUUGAGCGGCAGCUGGUAGAGUAGAUGUUCGAAUAACAGCUAUAGCCGCAGAAGCAGUUGCCGAUGCAGAUGCCGAAACAGCAGGAUUAGUGGUCAAAUGAGUGGAAUCAUCGUAUUGAUGAGCUGUUAGUGGUACAGUGACUGGUAUGGAUGUAUGAGAACCCACAGAUGGAAGAGGACUUCGAGUAGAUUGAGCAACGGUAGUAUCUGAAUUGAGAUGGUAAUGGCGAGUGGUCCGAUCAACAGAUAAACUGUGAGAUGUUACAGAAGCGUAUGUCCUAAGUUGGACUUGGACGGGUUGAGGAAAGUACUGUGAAUGGGACGCUUCCUCCUGAGAAUCAGUGACAGGUUGAAUAGUUAAUGAAGCAAUAGGAGCAGGUGCAGGGUCUGGUGGAGGUUUAGAUGACCCCGUGUAAGCCGAGUCCCAGGAAUUGUUUACAUAAUUGGGAAAAGAAGAAAGGGGCAUAACCGUUGGUUGGAAACUAUCCUCGACAUAGCAGAGUAGAUCAUGUGGCAAUGAGGAGAUGCCAUGUGAGUAAGCGUGAAUAUUUGCUUUCACGAUUUUCUUCAACAUGACAUUGCCACGAUAGCUAAGGUGCAGGUUAUCCUUAGCCAGAUAGACCCUAGGAUCUGUUCUAGUUUUGUCCCAGGGGGAUGAAAUUACAGUACAUCCACGCCUAAACGAAAGACCAUGUAUUUCCUUAUUGAAAGCAGCUAACUUGUCCAUUAAGGUAGGGCUAAUAUCAAGUCUAGGUAUUAUGACAUUGACAAUAACAUGAGCACGUUUGAAUUUAUUGUUAACAGCAUCAAUGAAUUCAUUGAAAGCAGCUGCAAACUGUUGUUGAUUACAAGCUGAGCGACCACAGAUGUUAUUGGUGCCCAGCAAAACGUAAACGAUAUCAGCCUGUAAAUCUACAACUGCCCGUCUGAGAUUGUACACACAGUCAGUAAUCUGCGAGAUGGCCUUGCCUCGACAUGCAAGGACUUCUAAACUUUUGUAUGAAUCCACAAACCUUUCUUUCUCUGUUUCAUUGGUACUAUCCCCUACAUACUUUGGUAUCGAAUCUCCAAUAACAACGACCUGAUAAAUAGGGAAUAUUAGUGAUAAGUGCAUCUAUCAAAUUUGGGGUUAAUUAAACAUCUUAAAUGGAAUUGUUAACAAUUGCAUUGAAAGCGAAUACUUGAAAUAAAGGAGCACAGAAGAUUAUAAAGAAAUUAACCUUCUUGUCAGUAAACACGGUUCUAUCAUUAGUUUGCACAAAUGAUGUGGUUGGUCCUGGAUUUAACUCAAUAUCUCCAGAGAGCAACAACAGCAGACUGCACACACCUGACCACAGAUUGCAUUGUGGCAGAAUUGAAUUGCGAACAAUAAACAAUUCCUGGGGUGUGCACAAUACAAUCCAGGUAUCACACUCAAAGAGCGUUAAACCUAGGAGAGAAACAGUAUUAUUAUCAAUUUAUAAAACCCUAGUUAAAUAUUAGUAUGAUAUUGAUAAG